AUGGACGAACUGAGGAGCGCCAUUAAGGAGAAGACGGACCGGAGCGUAGACAGAAUGGUAAAGGCUACGGACUCGCUUUUCACCACGGCGGUACUUGAAUGCCCUGUACCAUCAAAGUUUCGCUUACCUCAACUUGAGCCGUUCGAUGGACUCAGAGACCCUCAGGACCAUCUUAAUACAUUUGAGACGACUCUAGGUCUUCAACAACCACCUGACGAGAUACUAUGUCGUUCCUUUCCUACCACUCUCAAAGGAGCUGCAAGAGAAUGGUUCACGAAGUUGCCAACCUCAUCCGUAGACAACUUCGAGCAAUUAAGUAACGCUUUCUUGCGCCAUUUCAUAGGGGGGCAACGACCAAAGAGGCCGGCAAACUACUUACUCACCAUUAGACAGGGAGAAAAGGAAACCCUGAGAUCAUAUGUCAAACGCUUCACCUGGGAGACUCUGAAGGUGGACGAAGCCGAUGACAAGGUGCAGCUGAUGACUUUCAAAGCAGGACUGAGGUCCAGAGAUCUUGUGGCCUCCCUCGCAAAGAACCCGUCAAAGACGAUGGCAGAAAUGCUCCUGAAAGCACAGAAGUACAUGAACGCUGAAGACGCUUUAGCGGCCAUAAAGGAUGCAGAGAAGUCAGGAGACAAGGCAAAGAAAGAAGACGACCGUAGGGGGCAAAAGAGAGAGCGACCGGACCGUCGGAACAAUGACAGGAAUAGGAGGAAGGAUGAUAAAAGUCCUCGGACGGUAAGAUUUACUCCUUUGGUUAUGCCUGUUGACAAAAUUUUCACGCAGAUCAAGGAUGAGCAUUACCUCAAAUGGCCAAGACCAUUGCACUCAUCCCCUAAUGUCCGCGACAAGAACAAGUACUACCAGUUCCACAAAGAUCACGGCCACAACACGGAAGACUGCAGAGACCUAAAGGAGCAGAUAGAGGAGUUGAUACGUAAAGGGAAGUUACAGAAAUAUGUGAAGAAGGGAGAAUAUAGUAAAUUCAGGGACGAUAAUAAAGGCCAGCAUGAAUCCUUUUCACGGGACGACGAUCGUCCUUCCCAACCUUCGCACAAAGUGAUCGGGGAGAUAAAGACGAUUAUAGGGGGGCCAUUCUCGAGAGGAUCGUUUAAAUCACUCAAGAAGGCAUACCAGAGGCAGGUAAACAGUGUCCACACUGUACCCCCGUCUAAGCACAGACGGACAUACCAGGACAUGUCCUUCAGUGAAGGAGACGCCAUGGGAGUGAAGCAGCCCCAUAACGAUCCCUUAGUCAUAAUGCUGAAUAUAGAAGGGUUCAAUACCAAGAGGAUCCUCGUCGACAAUGGCAGCUCCGCAGACAUCAUCUACCUCCCAGCCUUCCAACAGUUGAGACUAGAUCCGAGAAAACUGCACCCUUUUGAUUCUCCACUCGUCAGCUUCAGCAGAGACAGGGUCUACCCCAGGGGCAUAGUGACAUUGACGGUGACGGCGGGGGCCUACCCAGUGCAGUUGACCCGUCAGGUAGACUUCUUAGUGGUAGAUUGCCUCUCAUCCUACAAUGUCAUCACUGGGAGGCCCACGCUCAACAAGUGGAAGGCGGCGAUGUCAACCUAUUGUUUGAAGGUAAAAUUCCCAACAGAUAAUGGCGUCGGUGAAGUGAAAGGAGAUCAAGUCCUGGCAAGAGAAUGCUAUCAAGCUGUCUUGGCUGUGAAGGAGAACCACACAUGGAUGAUUGAAGAAAAGGAAGAAGACAGGAUAGAGGCCCUGGAAACGAUGGAAUUGGUAGAAGGAGAAGCGAACAAGACGACCAAGAUAGGAACGACGUUAAGCCCCGAGAUGAGAACAAGACUCAUAAGGUUCCUUAAAGAGAAUCUAGAUGUCUUCGCAUGGAGCCACGAGGACAUGCCGGGCAUAACUCUAGAAGUCAUCCAGCAUAAGUUGAAUGUGAACCCAGAACGGAAACCCGUUCAGCAAAGACGAAGAACCUUCGCCCCUGAACGAGAUCAGGCAGUUGCAGAGGAAGUUACCAAACUCCUAACGGCAGGGUUCAUCCGGGAGGUGUACUAUCCUGAAUGGCUCGCGAACGUCGUCCUAGUAAAGAAAGCAAACGGGAAAUGA